UCGACAAAUGAUGUGAGCCUCUGUGUGGUGUUCCUCCUCUUUACCUUCCUCCCUUUCUCUCUCUCUCUCUCUCUCUCUCUCUCUCUCUCUCUCUCUCCCUCUCAGUAUCUCCAUUCUCCACAUUGUACUCCGCAUCUCUCUUCAUGAGCAGAGGAGCUGCCGGUGAGGAAACUUGACUCCUCUCUUUUCUUUCUUUCUUUCUUUCUCUUCUCUCUUUCUCGUUUUCUCUCUUUCUCUCUCUCUCAUCCUCUAGCAGCGAUGUAGUCCUCUCUCAAACUUUAAUAUCUUUUUGGCAAUGAAGCCUUGACUGACAUCAGUCACUCCAUCUUUCUGGACAUCUGUGGAUUCCUUCUUUUCUUCUUUUGGAGCUUUUUGCCCUGUUUCCAAACCCGCCUCAUUUCUUCCGUCCCGUCACGUGUUCGCGUUUGGACCAUGGCCAUGAAGGAAAUUGUACUCCCCAUCAGUGAGGUGUCCAGCCCGUACCCGGAGAUCGUGGAACUCAACGUCGGUGGCCAGGUGUACGUCACCAAGCGUUCCACCUUGGUCAGCGUGCCUGACACCACUCUCCACACCAUGUUCACCCGCUACACCCCGCAGGAACUGCCCCGCGACAGCCGUGGGCGCUAUUUCAUCGACCGCGACGGCUUCUUGUUUCGAUACGUUCUGGACUUCCUGAGGGACCGCCAGCUGGUGCUCCCCGAACACUUCCCGGAGCGAGAGCGUCUGCAGCGCGAGGCCGAACACUUCCAAUUGGGGGAACUGCUGAGGCUUCUAGGGCCACGUGUAGCCAAGCAGGGGUCGCUAAAUGACGAAGGCUGCCAAAGCGACAUCGAGGAAAGUUCCCAGAGUAGCGAGUUGGUGACUCGAACCGGAAACAGUGCCACCCAUCACGCCACGUCCUCCUAUGCCCUGGACAAGAGGUCAGGGUUCAUUACCAUUGGUUACCGGGGAUCGUAUACAAUGGUGAGGGAUAACCAAGCAGAUGCUAAGUUUCGGCGCGUGGCACGGAUCAUGGUGUGCGGCCGUAUAGCUCUAGCAAAGGAGGUGUUCGGGGACACUCUCAAUGAGAGUCGAGAUCCAGACCGUCCUCCGGAGAAAUACACCUCACGGUUCUACCUGAAGUUCACCUACCUGGAGCAAGCGUUCGAUAGGCUGAGCGAAGCCGGGUUUCAGAUGGUGGCCUGCAACUCUACAGGAACUGCUGCUUUUGUUAACCAGUACAGAGAUGACAAAAUCUGGAGCAGCUACACGGAGUACAUCUUCUUUAGUAAGUGA